AUGCGGGUUGCUCUGCUCGUUGCCUUCCACGGAACUGCCUUCCACGGCAACGCAUACCAGCCCACUGGAGGCUCGACGGUCGAGGGAGCCCUUUUUGAGGGGUUGCAGAAGACAGGAUAUCUUAAGGAAAAUGAGACCAUUAAGGAUAUAGAACUGGAGCGCACCGGAAGAACCGACGCAGGUGUUUCUGCUGAGUGCAUGCUGUACACGCUGCAGCUCGGCAAGCUCGUCCCAGCCGUUCCCUGCCUGCCUCCUCACAACUCUAGGGUACUUGGAGCUUUGGAGGGUCUUCCGAUUGAGCCGAGUUCUAUUUGUAUUCACACAUCAGGCUCAGCUACAUGCCUUGCUUUCCACCUCAAUCGGGUUCUUCCGUCGCAGAUACGGGUCUUAGGGUUAUCGACAGCCAUUCCAAAGGACUUCUCUGCACGACACUCUUGUGUUGCACGAGAGUAUGAAUACAUUCUAGGUUAUAACGUACCGCCAAAUCUGCGCGAGAAAGCAAACUCAGCAGCGCAGCGCUUCCUUGGGUCUAAUAGCUUCCAUAAUUUCUGUCACCAUGAAAGGGAUCACAAGACAGUUUACAACAGGCAAAUAUAUUGCUCUGAGGUAUAUGAACACGAAAAUGCGUGCAUUUUUCACGUAAUUGGAUCCGCAUUUUUGUAUCACCAGGUGCGCUAUAUGGCUAGUAUGUUAAUACAUAUAAUGGCAGGUCUAGAGAACGAAUCUGCCAUAGAGUAUCUCUUGACAAAAGAGCUAUCAAUAUCCGGGCACUCCUUCCCUCUGGUUCCCUCACGGUAUCUUACUUUUAAAUGCGGGUGGUACCCUCCAUUGCCUAGCAGUGGAUCCUUUUAUUGCUCCAUUAGAGCAUAUGAGGAACUCGUCAAACACGUGCUAGCAAACAAUGGCUUUCCACGCUCGCUGUUGAGCCAUCGAUUUGAAGGAGAGCCCUUGCCCGUGCUCCACACAUUAAAUAUAAAUAAAAAAGUUCCAUACCAAUCCGUGGAACAAUUAGCUAAUCACAGGGAAAAUACCAAAGUAAAGGUAGUCAAGGGAUAG